GUUUUUUAAAUUUCUCCGAUUGAAAUUCGGGAGGUUUUAAUACAUUCCUUAUUUUCGCUAAAUUUAGAUUGGGUUUCUGGAAAUUGGUCAAGUCAUCCCAUCCUCUCCUUUUAUGCACGACCCAUCCUAUAAAUAUAAAAUAGCUUAGACUCUUCUACUGCUCAUUACCAGCAACAGAGAGAGAAAGAGGAAAUAUAGGGACAGCAAUCCAGAAAAGGAGAGAAAAGAGGCAGAGGGAAAGCCACACAAACGCAGACUCGCACGCGCACAGAAACAGAGAAAGAGAGAUGGAAGGAAUCGCUUCUGUUUGGAAUUAUCAAGAGAGCAUUGAUGACCUGAAGCACAAGCUUCUCUACACCACCAUUGAAUUAGAAUCAACGAGGAUGAAUGCACAGGAGGUGCUGAGGAAGAACGAGGAGAGUGUACAGCAAUUACUUCAGCUCUUGAAGGUGGCUUGCCAAGAAAGAGAUGAAGCAAAAGAUCAGCUGCGGAGACUUCUAAACAAGGUCAUGAUGCCAUCAAGCCCAACUGGAAUCUGCCCCGUUCUCCCAAUGCUUCAGCCUGAAAGCCCUCAUGUACAACCGAAUAAGGCGAAUUCAAGCAUCACAGAGUCUGACAGCCUCUCUGAAUCGUACAAUCACCAUUCCUAUGGUUCCUCCCCUGCAGAAUCCUUCUUUGAUGCGGUUUCAUCCUCAGACCUGUCAAAUAUGAACAUGGCCGAUUCCAGUAACAUGGGUUUGCAAAAUCAUCCCUUUGCCCAAGAAAGCAAUGUCUCCAACCCAAUGGGUAUUGUCACGUCGGGAAAUGGAGUCAACUCACUGGCCACCAUGUCUUCAGGCUCUCCCAAAAUUGAUCAGGCUUCAAUAGUAAUUGAGAAUCUGGUCAAAGGAAAGCAGCUUCCCCAAAAGGGGAAGCUGUUGCAGGCUGUAAUGGAAGCAGGACCCCUGCUUCAGACACUUCUCGUUGCAGGACCUCUACCUAGGUGGCGAAAUCCUCCCCCUCUACAUCCCCUCCAGAUUCCACCCGUUUCCAUUAAAGGUUGUGACCCUGAAACAAUCAAUCAGAAGCCAGUUUCCAUCCCAGAUUACCCUAUUCAAAGUUCAGUAAGUUCUUCAUACAUCGAUAUAUCUUCUCAGAUUUGUCCUACUACUAUGCCUAUGUCGAGUGCUGCCAGCGUUUCUGGUUCAUGUCUAAACAACAAGGCACAACAGCUAUCUGGUAGCAUUGGUUGGGAUCCCUUGCACAAUCAAAUCUUUCCUGGAAAGCGCCAAAGACUCCAAUAAGACACCACAGAACUUUUCACUACUUGUAUAAAUACAAAUUUAACGUGUUAUAUGGUGUAAAUGGAAUACUUUGUUUCAGGCUUUGAAUGGAAUGGUUUUGAUGACUUUAA